GAUUGUGCAAUAGAAUCCGAAACGUCCUUGAGCCGCAAGUAGUUAGACGGAGCAACUAAACCAGCUUCACCAGAUCUGGCUAUGUUUAAUACAAACUUUAGUGAUUUGAUACUCGAAUGGAAAAGUAUUCGAAUGAAUGUUGAUAGGAAAAUUCUCAUAUACAAGCGAACAUCUACUUAAACAAGUACCAGAGCAUAUCGCACACUAAAGACUCUAGCGAAUGGUUUGAGGUUUUGCAAUGUCUACUGGAAAUGCCUUAAUAGAUUCUAAUAUGUACGACCCACCAAUAAAAUUGGUUACAAGUAAGCAGCGAAUUGGUUGAAUGGUUAAACCACAUUUUUAGAAGUUGCAGGCGGCGGUAGCCAUAUGCAAAAAAGACUGGAAGACAUGAACAAAACAAAAGAUAAAACAGCGAAUAAUUUUCGUAUCGAACUGCUCAUCCAAAACUGUGGAGAUAAUAAUUUAUGGGAAUUCUCUCUACAAAGAGAAACUAUAGUUAAUAUUAUAUAUGCUCGUAUUAUGUAGUAUUGUAUCUCUAACAAUUUGAAAUGUUCACGCCAUAAGCAAAGUAUAUGGAAAGAGAUUCCAAGUUAGUGCCAGGGAAGGUCUCGACGAAGAAAAACGUGAAGAGAUGGUUAUUUUGUGUUGUUGAAGCAAAAAUAAAUAGCAACUUUAAUCAAGCAAAGUUAAAAAGUAAAGCAAAUAAAAGAUAAAAAUGAAUACAAUCGCAAGUUUUCAUAAUAUCUGUCGUAAGUUGUACAUCGUCGCUGGGAAAAAACAAUCGCAAGAAGCAGUAUGGGCUUGUGUAAAUGCCAGUCAGCCAAAAAGAAACUGUGCAGCCAAAAUCAACAAUAAUGAACCAAUAGCAGAUACCAGCACCUCGGCUUAUUCUCCAACAGUCACUGACUUCCACCCACUCAAGGGCAUUCGUAUACUUGACUUAACACGUAUUAUUGCUGGUCCCUAUUGCACAAUGGUACUGGCCGAUAUGGGCGCUGAAGUGUUAAAAAUUGAACGUCCAUACUUUGGUGGCGAUGAGGCACGUAAGUGGGGUCCACCAUUUUUAAAAGUAAGUAAAGAUGCAACCUACUUUCUCGCACAGAAUCGAAAUAAGAAAAGCGUUUGCUUAGAUUUAAAAGAAGGUAAAGAUGUAAUUUAUGAGUUAGCGCAAGUUUGUGAUGUGCUAGUGGAGAACUAUGUACCUGGUAAAUUAAACGAAUAUGGCUUGGGUUAUGAGCAAUUGCAUGCAAUUGCACCACAUUUGAUUUAUUGUUCCUUAACUGGCUAUGGUUCAGUUGGACCUUAUGCGCAAAGACCAGGCUAUGAUGUGAUUGCGGCCUCUAUGGGCGGUCUGCUGCAUAUAACUGGAGAACGUAAUGGACCACCAAGUAAAGUUGGAGUAGCAGUUACAGAUAUUGCGACAGGUUUAUAUGCACAUGGUGCCAUUUUGGCAGCUUUACUACAACGUCAACGCACUGGACGUGGACAGAAAAUUGAUGUCAAUCUAUUUUCUACACAAGUAUCGCUAUUAAUUAAUGUAGCGAGCAAUUAUCUAAAUGCUGAUUUAGAAGCACAGCGUUGGGGUACAGCACAUUCUAGUAUUGUGCCUUAUCAAAGUUUCAAGACGGCGGAUGGUUAUCUUACACUCGGUGCUGGCAGUGAUGCACAGUUUAACGAACUUUGCUCUAUGCUUGAUAUUAAUGAAAUUGCUGAGCAUGAAAAAUUCAAAACAAAUAAAGAUCGUGUGAAAAAUCGUGAAGAAUUGGUUACUCUUUUGACAAAUUUACUGAGUAAAAAUACUUCAAAACAUUGGAUGCAAUGUUUCGAAGGUGCUUCAUUUCCAGUUGGGCCAGUAAAUAGCAUACGUGAGGUUUUCGAAGACGAGCAUAUUAAAGGUAUUGAUUUAGUUAAAACUUUACCUCAUGCGAAAGAUGGUCAAGUGAGAGUUGUAGGUCCACCGGUCGUAUUUAGUGAAGCUAAGAAUGACGCACGUACGGCUCCACCCGUACUCGGAGAACACACAGAUGAAGUGUUGAAAACAAUAUUGGGUUAUAAUGAAGAGAAAAUGGAAGCAUUAAGAUUUAAAAAAAUUAUACAAUAA